UGACAGAGAGAGAGAGACAAACAGACAGACAGACAAGAUGAUGAAUAUGGAAGAUGCCAACCCGCCGGCCAGACGAAGCAUCACCCCAGCUGUUGACAUCAAGGAACAAAAUGGCUGGGGAGGACCGGAGCUGAACAUGGAGAAUGGAGGAGGAGGAGGAGGAGGAGGAGGAGGAGGAGGAGGAGGAGGAGGAGGAGGAGGAGAGAAGGAGGAGCCACCGAAAUGCAGCCCCGGAAAGAGAUUUGGAACAUCCCACAAAUAACUGCGAGACACUGAUACACGUGCUUAAAGGCAAUGUAGGCACGGGGCUCCUCGCUAUGCCUGAGGCCUUCAAACACGCUGGUCUCUGGGUUGGGUUUGCCGGAGUGCCUCUCAUGGGCCUCAUCUGUAUCCACUGCAUGCAUGUUUUGCUGAAGUGUUCCCGGGAGCUCUGUAGAAGAACCCAGCACUCGUCUCUAAGCUACGAGGAGACCGCUAAGAUGGCCUUUGCAGCGGGACCAGAGAAAUGCAAACGCUGGGCUAAUGUAGUUGGAUACGUCAUUACAACCUUCCUCAUCAUUACACAGAUGGGGUUCUGCUGUGUCUAUUUCGUGUUUGUACCGCAGAAUGUUAUGGAGGCGGUGCGAGGCAUGACAGGCGGAGAGACAAUAUCUGACUUAGCGUGCAUGGCUAUACUAAUAAUUCCAAUGCUUCUUGUUUGCUACAUCCCUGAUCUAAAGUACCUCGCCCCAGUGUCACUAAUAGCCGGGACAAUACAAACAGUCUCCCUAGCGAUCUGUCUGUACUAUAUGGUGCGAGACUUGCCAGAGAUCACAGAGGAACUCCCGGCGUUUGGUGGCUGGGCUGGCCUCCCUAUGUACUUCGGAUCAGCUGUCUAUGCUUUUGAGGGCAUUGGGUUGGUACUGCCUUUAGAGAACAAUAUGAAGACUCCUAAGGCUUUUGGGGGGUUUAAUGGCGUUCUCAACACAGCAAUGAUGGUGGUGGUCUGCCUCUAUUCCGCGUUUGGCUUCUUCGGCUAUCUCACCUAUGGGUCUGCUAUCAAGGGCUCUGUCACUCUUAAUUUGCCCUCUGGAGAUGCACUGGCCCAGGCUGUGAAGAUCUUAAUGGCGCUGGCUGUCUUCCUGUCCUACCCUCUACAGAUGUACGUGCCUUAUGGAAUCCUAACACCCUCCAUUCUUGCUAAGUUUGCCCCGGAAGAGUCUUCGUCAGUAGCGAGGCGGCGCGUGGUGGAAUACAUCUUUAGGACGGUCUGUGUCUUGUUUACAUGAAACCGCUGCCCUGAUUGAGGAAGCCCUACCUAGACUUCGACCAUGGACAGGAUUCGGACCGGUGCGCUUGGAGACACCUCGGACCACACAUCACCUAGGGUUCCACUGUACCACGGCGAACCAUUAUUACUUCUUUUUUUCCUUUUCUUCUUCUUAUUAUCAUCAUUUAUCUUAUUUCAGCUUUUUUCUUACUUAAUUCUAUGUCUCCUGUUUUUGUGCCACCUAUCUCAAACCCCACCCGCUAGGAAACCAUUGCCACGAGUGAGGAACCCUACCUACACUCUGACCGUGGGCAAGAUUCGAACCAGUGCGCUUGGAGACCACUCGGAUCCCAAAACAUGCAUGGUUUCACUGUACCACUUAAUUGUAGAAGGCCAGCACUCAAGUGGACCUUAUUUUCAUUUUUUAAUCAAUUUUUUUUGCUCUCAAUAAUAAUAAUAAUAAUAAUAAUAAUAAUUCAGAGGUUUAGAAUCUAUAUACAAUGAUAUUUAACCCCUUCAGUACUGGGACGCAUUUUUACCUUGAGUUUUGUGCACCAUUAGACCAUUUUAUUGACAUUAGCAAGGGUGUAUGGAGGGCAGAAGAUUAAUGGCC